AUGGAGGUGGCCUCCAGAUCGAUACUACGGCGGCGCGCCCUUGAGUCUCAACUACUACUGCGGCGGCCUUCCUACCUUGCCUCGCUGGCUACAACCUCCCAUCCCAUCACAAGGCGGCACUUCAGCUCAACACCACGACGGACAGCAGACCCUAACCAUGGGCCCUUCUUUGGCCUGGGUGCCGGUGGAUCGCCGCCCAUGGGCACUCCCACGACCUACUUUUCCAACCGCCCUUCGUUGCCCGCAAACACGAUAAUCAGAUUUGUGCCUCAGCAGACAGCAUGGAUAGUAGAGCGGAUGGGGAAAUUUAACCGGAUUCUCGAGCCCGGGCUGGCUAUUCUCGUCCCAUUCCUUGAUAGGAUCGCAUACGUGAAGAGUUUGAAGGAGGCAGCUAUCGAGAUCCCAAGCCAGAAUGCUAUUACCGCAGACAACGUGACCUUGGAACUGGACGGCGUGCUGUAUACCAGAGUCUUUGACGCUUAUAAAGCUAGUUACGGCGUGGAGGAUGCUGAAUAUGCGAUAUCUCAGCUGGCACAGACGACGAUGCGAUCUGAGAUCGGUCAACUGACACUGGACCAUGUCCUGAAGGAGCGUGCGGUUCUAAACACGAAUAUAACACAAGCCAUCAAUGAGGCCGCGCAGGACUGGGGUGUGACCUGUCUCCGGUACGAGAUCAGAGACAUCCACGCUCCUGAGGGAGUUGUGGAAGCGAUGCACCGCCAGGUAACGGCGGAAAGAUCGAAACGUGCCGAGAUCCUAGACUCCGAAGGUCAAAGACAGAGUGCAAUCAACAUCGCAGAAGGUCGUAAACAGUCAGUCAUCCUUGCCUCCGAGGCCAUAAAGGCAGAACAGAUUAACAAGGCCAUGGGUGAGGCUGAAGCUAUCCGCUUGAGGGCUGAGGCCACCGCCCGUGGAAUCGAUGCUGUUGCAGCAGCUAUCCAGGAAGGCCAGGAAGCCGCUCGUGGAGCAAUUAGCCUUUCUGUAGCUGAGAAGUACGUCGAUGCCUUCUCCAAACUUGCAAAGGAAGGUACGGCUGUUGUUGUACCUGGUAACGUCGGUGAUAUGGGCGGUAUGAUAGCCAGUGCGAUGGCUGUCUAUGGAAAAGUCUCGGAGGGACAGGCCAAGACGAUAGCUGCGAAGGCCCUCCAGGCUGGUGAGUCAACCGCCCAAAAGGAAACUACUUUCAAUGCGCACACUGCUACAAGCAAGGCUACCAACUUUGAAGCCGGAGAGAAUAACUCGACGGACACCUCCGGAACGGGCCAUGGCAAUGUAGCUGAAAGUGUCCUGGGUGGAUUCGAACAGGCCAGCCAUCGAGACCGGUAG